AUGGCGCUGAACGCAGAAAGCAGCUUAUCACAUAAUACAGGUGUUAAAACUUUAUAUGAAUCAGACCUGGAAGAUGAAAACUACUCAUCUGUGGAAAGUUAUGGCAUUAGAGAACGUAGGCGUAAGCUGCACACUGAAGCGGAGCAGCGUCGUCGAAAUGCUAUAAAGAGGGGUUUUGAAGGGUUAUUAGAGCUCGUCCAUCCAAUGAAAAACGAAUCACCCUCUCCGUCCGUUAGGAUGAGUAAAUCGAGCAUAUUACAUAAAGCUAUCUAUAUGAUUGAAAGGCUUGGAAGGCAAAAGCACCAAAAAUUGUCAGAAGUCGAAAGUCUAGAAAAGGAGGUUAAAGCUCUUCGAAUACUAUGCUUGAAUUAUGAGAAAAUAGUUCAAAACAGUCCGAAUUACGAAUGUAGAUCAGUCGAGCCGAUUCCAGAUGAUACAAAACUAGAAGUGUUUCGAGUGUUUUUUGACGCCAUGUUCCGUUCAUUUGACAAUUAUAUUGUAUUCAAUUCUUUUACUGACCUCUCAGCAUCAGUGAUAAAAUGGGUUGAAGAGAGCUGUAAACCUGAAAAAAUGGCAUUUCUCAUGGAUUCUGUUCUAACUAAUAUUUUUAAUCAGAAUACUGAAAUGCCUUCCGUUAGCAGUCGAAAAUUCCACUGUGAUACUUUACCAAUUUAUACAGACUGUAGUACCAAUGAUAAGUCAUUACUUCAAAUCAAUCCGUUAAUUGGUCAAUCUUCAGUUUACACUUAUUCAUCUAAUAAUCUACCAACACUUACAAUUGCACCGACUGCAAAUAUUAAUAAUUCCACAGUUGGUACUGAAAAGCGUACUCAACUUAAUCCAAAAUUUCCUAUAAUUUCUCAAGGUAAUUCCCAUUCGAAUAAAUUAAAUAUUGUCCGAUGUCCACCGCCACCUCCACUAGCACCAGGUUCUGUUACUACUCAUCCACAAGUCAGUCUUAUCGAUGUGAACUUUCAACAAUGUGGACAGCCAUCAAAAGAUAUACGUGAAGGUGAUAAUGCAUUUUAUAAUUUUAAUUCAAUGAUUCCUAAGAAUGUUAAUUCUACAUUAGUAGUUAUUGAUCAGUCAUCUUUACUCACUGAUGAUCAAGUUAAACAUGACAUUAAAUCAACAUCAUCGUCAUCAUCAUCAUCAUCACCUCAUACAAUAAACUCUUCUUGCAACUUAAUCAUGAAUGAGAUGAAUUUACCUAGAGAGCUGUCGUCAUUGCAUAAUUCUAGUCACGUUCAACAGUAUAAAGAGUUUAUUGAUGAUUUAUUAUGA